UUGGGAAGAUGGCUGACUUGAGAUUAGCUAAAGGCUAAUAAAUACUUAGAAAAUAGUUUAACAGGCGAUAGCAUAAAUAGUGAAGGGAAAGAGGAAAGUUAGGACACUCUCAUAGUUCAUGUAGAUACGUCAGUAGCGUUUUAAGUCUAGAAUUACGCCCCUUUUCCUUUCUAUCGUUAAGAGUAACCGGAAAUAUUUGAGUAACUUUGGUCCGCUGUGUUGAAGUUGAACUGAUUGGUCUUGUAACGCAGUUAGGCCUACAUGAUUAGAUAAGGUGUACAAGUUUUAAGUCAGUGCACUUUGUAUAAAACUUAGUCCAGGGAGUCCGUAACUAUUCCUUCUGAAAGUUACAUUUGGAAAGCUAGCAGUAAACCAACAGCAUGGAAGACUUGGAUGCACUAUUAGCUGAUUUACAAUCAACAACAGCUCAUUUAUCACAACCUCAACAAAGUCAACCAGUCACUGUUAUAAACUCUAGAGCUAGCUCAUCUUCACAAGAUUCACGUGGUUCUACACCACCUCUUCCACCACCUCCAUCACAUGAAGUUCUAGAUUCUCUCCCAUCUAGAUCAAAUGAGCCAAUCUAUGAAGCACAGAAUUUUCAUGUUAAUAAAGGAGGUAUAAAUCAUCAACAACAACAACGAGAACCAGAGAUGUCAGGAGAAUUAAGUAGUAACCUUUCCGAAUUAGACCAACUGUUACAAGAUUUAAACUCAGCUCAAUUCAUGAAUGAAGUUGACAAGAAAAAUGCAGUUAAUAGUCCAGUGGUAAAUGGAAUGAACAGAGGUCCCCCUAAUGUAGCUCCCAAACCUGUCCGUGCUAAUGAGCGUGCUACUGUAGAAAGUUUACUGAAUGAAUUAGAUAGUUCGGUACCCCACCAAUCACCACAUAGUGGUGGUGUAAGGGGAGAUAACUACAGUCAAAUUACUACAACUCACACCCAUCAGGCAUACCAGGGUGAUGGACCAGUACGACCUUAUCAAGGUGCUUCUACAGCAACUAAAGAACUUGAUGACUUAAUGUCCUCAUUAUCAGAAUUUAAGAUUACCCAUCAGCCUCAGCCACAGAAUGUUCAGUCUGAACCAGCAUAUGCCAAACCUCAGAAAAGCAGAAACCAUUCAUCUACUUCUCCCACUAGCCCCACAUCUCGUAGUCCCCAAGGUCCUCUAAGUCCCCAAGGUCCACGCAGUCCUGUACAACAGAAUAACCAGUUAGAGACUAUGUUAGGUGAUUUACAGUCGGAUAUGAACAGACAAGGUGCUAGUGUUAAAACUAAAGGUGUUUGUGCUGCAUGUAAUAAAUCUGUUGUAGGACAGGUUAUAACAGCUUUAGGUAAAAUUUGGCAUAUUGAACAUUUUACUUGCGCUCAUUGUAAUGAAGAACUUGGUACAAUGAAUUUCUAUGAACGAGAUGGAUUAGCCUAUUGUGAAACAGAUUAUCAUAACCUCUUUGCUCCUAGAUGUGGCUAUUGUAAUGGUCCCAUUGUUGACAAAUGUGUAACAGCCUUAAACUCCACUUGGCAUCCAGAACAUUUCUUUUGUGCCCAGUGUGGUCAGCCUCUCGGUGAUGAAGGAUUCCAUGAAAAAGACGGCAAAGCUUUUUGUCGUGAUGACUACUAUUCCCUGUUUGCCCCAAAAUGUGGUGGAUGUGGGCGACCUAUUAUGGAUAAUUAUAUCUCAGCAUUAAACAGACAUUGGCAUCCUGAAUGCUUUGUUUGCUGGGAUUGCCAUGCUCCUUUUGGAGGAGGGAGUUUCUUCGAUCACGAGGGUUUGCCAUACUGCGAGACACAUUAUCAUGCCAAGAAAGGUUCUCUGUGUGCUACCUGUCAAAAACCAAUCACUGGAAGAUGUAUUACGGCCAUGUUUAAAAAAUUUCAUCCCGAACAUUUUGUCUGUGCUUUUUGUUUGAAACAACUCAACAAAGGAACCUUUAAAGAUCAGAACGAGAAGCCCUAUUGUCAUCCUUGUUUUGUAAAACUUUUUGGUUAAGAAUUUUGUAAACUUGGACUGAGGAUUGAUGUCCUAUUGGUCGAGAUUGUUUCACUUUGCUUUUAUUUUAUUUUUUUUAAUCAUUUAUUAAUUAAAACACUAAAAGUAAAAUGAAGAUCAUAAGUGAGAUAAUUUAAGAUUGCUUCUAUACCAAUUUGAUAUCAAUAUUCUUAAUCUUGUGUUCAUCUUCAAAAUGCUGUCUGUUAAUGCUAUUUUAUAGUUGUGGCAUGUAAUGCUUGUAUAUAUAAUCGACAUGUGCCUCACUAUAGAUGAUUAUUCAGUGUGUUAGUUAUUGUUCCCUGCCAGGCAUCGGACUAUUAAAAUGGGUUCGUCCGUUUGUCUGUCUGUCAUACUUUUUUUUAAUAUACAUGUAUCUAUUCUGAUAUUUACAUGUUGAUAUAUCUAGAUAUUUACAUGUAUAUUGAUAUAUCUAGAUAUUUACAUGUAUCUAUUUUGAUAUUUACAUGUAUCUAUAUUGAUAUUUAUAUGUAUUUUGGAUGUUUGCAUUUAAUAAAACUUGUACAUAAAAAGUAACAUCUUGCUAAAUACCAGAUAAUCAUUUAUGUAUGUAUAAAAUGUAUUACCUUAAAAUAACUUUACAUCUUAUCACAACUGUAUAAAGACACAUCAUCUGGACACAUAGUUUAUACCAUGUAUUUAACCUAAGUUUGUACAUACACAAAUAAAAAAUACCAUAUGCAUACAUCUAUUUUGAAUUUUUAAAUCAGCAAAAUUAAUGUGUAGAUGAUUUAGGUAUAAAAUGUGUAUAGGAGCUAAACUGCAUUAAUUAAGAUAAAUAAAGUGUAGAAUUGAGUUGAUCUGAUGUAUUGUUUGGAUCAGUGGUGUGGUGUAUGAUUAAGAGACGGUCUUAUGGGUGGAAAGUUAUUAUCUCAACACUGGUUUUAUCAAUGAACUUCGAAGUUUCAACCAAUACAGAUUGUAAUCCCACAAAACAAAUCAAAGUGGUCUAGUCAUAUUAAUUAUACCCUUCUGCUGUUAUGAUUCUUAGUCCUUUUGAUGUUUUCCGUGCCUUUAAACUUAGGCACUUAGAUGUUUGAUUAUCAGACACAAAAGAAAUAAUUUGAAUAAGAAGAUAUUUGGACAUUUUUGAAAAUCAGUUUUUGAAUAUUGAAUGACUAAUGUGACAUGAAUGUAAGACAAGUAAUUAUGUAAUUAACUCUACACAUGAUGUAUGUUAACAUUAAUUUAAUCAUUGUAUAGCCGCUUUGAGUAUAUUCACUUUCAUUUCUAAUGAUAAUAAUUGUCUAGCACCUAUAUUCACUGUCAUAGUAUGAUGCAUUACGUUAAUCAAAUUAUAUAUCUUAUUAUUGAAAGUGGUUGAUUUUAUCUCCGUCAUAACAAUAAUUAUGUUAAAUGUAAAAUAGUAAACUGAUAACUUGAUUUAAAGAUGUGCUUCUUCUUCAACAAAUGUAUUAAUAAGUGGAAACGAUAAAAUCUAUGGUCAAGCAAUCAGAUCUAAAUUAGCUUAUAUAAGCCACAGUAAAUACAACAAGCAUGGGCUAAAAUGUAACAGUCAGUGGCCCAUGGUACCUGUAAUUGACAAAUUUAAAUAAUUAAAUAUAAAUGAAUUUAAAAAAUUAAAUAUAAACAAAUUUAAAAAAUAAGGAAACUAUUUUAUUAUUUUGGUUGGUUAGUAAAGAAGAAGUACUGAAAGAUAAUUGAUUAUGAAUACUGAGUCAAAAAAUAAAAGCCAUUGUGGACAGACAGAAUUAGUGCACACUGUGUGUCGAAAUAAACUAAACAUUCUUGGAUCCAAUAUUUUUGAUAAAAAAUUAAAAUCUAACGAAAAAUGGUAAAUAGAGGUUAGAUUUAAGUACAAUAUACAUUGUUUAGAAAAUAAUAGAGAUCAUUGAUUCUUCCCUAUUACAUUUCACAGUAUUGUUAUUAAAUAAUAGAUUUAUAGACCAAUAGUUUAAGUGCUUGUGGGACUUAAACUGAACCCAGGAUAUUCAUACAGUUAAUGUCAUAGAAUCAUCAUGCAUUUAUUGUUAAUGGAAUGACAGAUGCAAACGUAUAAACUUUCCCGAUGUCUAUCAAGUAAUGUAUUUAUAUUAGAUUACUGUAUUAUAUAUCUGUAAUAUAUUGUGUAAUAGUAAAUGUAUUGUGACAUGUGCCUUUAAUGGACCUGUGUUUGUUAGCUGCAGUUACAUAUGAUUUGAUUGUAUUAAAUUCAAACAUUAAUUUCUCAGUUUAAUGAAAUAGAUAUUUUAUACAGAUGCUUCUUCUGGGAGUAUUUUACAGCCCAUAAAUAAUUCAGAAUAACAAUUUUAAUAUUUCAAAAUGAUUAUUGAUCAAUGUAUAACAUGAAUCAGUCGUGUGGAUUGACUUCAUAUUUUAUAAAAGAACUGAUCUGCAGUCCAUGAUUUCUAAUUUUUUGAGGGGACAGGGAGACUAGAGAAUUAUGAGGUGUUUUUUUUAUAACAUUUAGAGAGAAAGUGUGAUAGAUAACAUAUAUAUAUAAAGUAAUAGUUUGAUAACAUAAGUCUUCCAUUACACAGUUAAACUGUUUUGAUAUUUUUAUAUUAUAAUACCUACAAUAUAUAUCAUAUUACCUACUUAAUAAUUAAUGAAUGAUAUUCUAAAUGUGUAAUUUGCCACAAAUUUACAUCAAGAAAAAAGUAAUUUACAUAUAUAUUUCUUACAUGUAUAUACAUAACAGUGGUCACAUCUGUAUAGUGUAUUUGAUAUUCAUUUAGAAUUUUAUUCCAAUUUUCUCUAUUGUACUAAAAUUUUGAAAAAAAUAUUAAAAUUCUAAUAAAACUAGCACAGAGAAUAUCAAAAACACUAAACAAGUUUUGUAUAAAGAAGAAAAUUUUAAUGCUUUAAUAAAAUUAUUUUUAUCAUUAAUAUUAUAUUGGUUUUUUUUUUUCCUUGUUUUUUCUUUCAAUUAAUCAACUAUCUGCUUCUUUAGUUUUAAUAACAGUUUACACGCCGCACAAGUGCUAAGCAUUUAUAGUCUCUGUACAUAUGUUCUAAUAAUAAUACAUUACACACCUUACAGAAAUUAUAACCAUGUUCUAGUAAUAAUUGAAUAUAGACAUAUCGCUUUUAUUUUCUGUAUUGAAAUGUUACAUGUUAAUAUACAUUUGGUAUUUAAUUACAUCUCACAAAAGUAUACAUGAUCAAUAGUAUUUUGAUUUUGUUUUGUACUAAGAUCCUUAGUAAAUGAUUAUGCUAUUGACAAAAGGUAUCUGUCUAAGAUAACUGUCUACAAUUCAACAAAAUGCUCCUAAAGUUAGAUUUGUGUUUACAUUUAUAUACAAAUGUAAAAUGGUAAAGUAAAAAGCUCUUUAAAUUGUGUAAUAAAAUAGUUACUGAGUAGAAUUAGCACGAUUGUUUGUCUGAUUUAUGUAAUGUAAGAACAUUUUGUGAAAAGAUUAUAUUUCAUAUACAUGUAGUAAUCAGUCUUUCUGAUCCACCACUACAGAACAUACAUACAUGUGCGAUUUUCUUGAAAGGUGUCAGGUCGUCAGAUUUCAUAGGUUAACAAAAGGUUAUUCAGUAAUAUGAAACAACAGCAGUAUACACAUGUAACCUGGAAAUUGUCAGUUCAAAAGAUUUCUGAGUUUAACAAAAGUUUUGUUGGUUUUGUAACAUGUGGGUUUAGCCCAGUAUAUUAUUAUCAUUUAUUUAACCUGCAUUGUUUGUUAAUAUUGAUAAUCUAAAUCUAUUGUAUUAUAUAAUCAGCUUUAAAUAUGUACAGGCUUUUAUAUAAUACCAAGCAGUGACCUUAAUUAUAUUCAUAUAUAUUACUCUUAUUAAAAUUAUUAAUCAUUGACAAUCUAUAAGAAAUAUGUGAUUAAGGCUAUGCCAUUUGUCUCAGUCAUCUAGGCUUUUGACUACUGCUACAUUCUUUGUCUAAAUCACUUGAAUGAAUUUCUUUCUAUUAUUAUUAUUUAAUAUUUGAUUUGUGUAUGUUCUUGUUAACUGUAUUAUUAUUUUCUAGAAUGUAGCUUUAUUAAAUUUAUUUCAAUGGUGUUUUUAUUUUUAAGUGCUAGCUUAAUGGUUAAAUUUUGCAUAUGAAAUAGUUAAUUAAGAUAUUAGUUUAUGCAUAUAGUUUAAUUUUGAUAUGUUUAUUAGUAGUAAACUUAAUGUCUUUCUAUUUUUAUUAUGUAUGAUAUAGAUGUUAUUAAAACAAUGAUUUAAACAGUCUGUUUUUAUUAUAGUUUUCCCCAUGCAUUUCUAGUCAUGCCACUGAAAGCCAGGAGAAUAAUACUCCAUUAAAUUAUCAUUAGUGUGAUUUAAAGGUCAAAAGACAAACAUUUAGUUAUUAAUAUCUUGAUGAUGUACCAAGCUCAGACUCCCACCAGUGUUGCAUCAAUAUACAUACUAUACAAUGUUCUUGGAAAACCUUAAAAGUAACAAUACUGUUAUAAAUUUUAGAACAGAGGUGGGGCUAGAGCUUUAUUUUUAUAUUGCAGAUUAAAUGAACUAAUUUUGUAGUAUGUUAUCAUAUUUCAUCAUACCUGUAUUAGUGAAAUUCAUCAUUAAUUAUCUACACAUCACAUGCGAAUAUAACAUUCUGCGCAGUUAGCUUUAAUAUGCUUAUUCUGUUUCAUGAAAUGUUUGAUAUUUAUUUCCAUCUAAUAAAUUUGACUAAUUAUUUUCCACUAUUACCAUUGGGAGUUUUAUUUUUAAAUUCUUUUUAGCACCGCUCUUUAAUGUCUGCAUCUGCCUCUUUGUUGAGUAGCAGUUCAAUCUACACAGAUUUCGUGUUUUAUGUGUUUUCAUAUUUCUGCUUCAGAAAAAUAAAUUGUUUAUUUCAAA